CCCCCCCCUCCCGCCCCCCCCCUCCGGCGCGGGGAGGGGGAUGCGGACGGGGGAAGAUGGCGGCCUCGAACAACCCGCGGAAAUUCAGCGAGAAGAUCGCUCUGCACAACCAGAAACAGGCGGAAGAGACGGCGGCCUUCGAAGAGGUCAUGAAGGAUCUGAGCCUAACCCGCGCCCACCGGUUACAGCUGCAGAAAACCCAAUAUUUGCAACUGGGACAGAGUCGUGGCCAGUACUACGGCGGGUCACUGCCAAAUGUGAAUCAGAUUGGAAACAGUGCCAUGGAUCUCCCCUUCCAGCACAACGGAGCUCUGGCAGAAGCCUUUGGAGCAGUUCCUGUCUCUUUGACUCCUUUUCAGUCAUCGGGGUUGGACACAAGCCGAACAACUCGGCAUCAUGGUCUGGUGGACAGAGUGUAUCGUGACAGAAACCGUCUUGGCUCCCCACAUCGACGCCCUCUCUCUGUGGAUAAACAUGGAAGACAAGUGGACAGCUGUCCGUAUGGCACUGUGUAUCUGUCGCCUCCAUCAGACACAAGCUGGAGAAGGACAAAUUCUGAUUCUGCCUUGCACCAGAGUACUAUGACUCCAGCUCAACAAGAAUCCUUUUCAGGAGGGUCGCAGGACAUGCAGCAGAAAAGAGUUUUAUUACUGACUGUCCCUGGAAUGGAGGAAACCACCUCUGAGGCAGACAAAACCCUCUCUAAGCAAGGUUGGGACACUAAAAAGACUGGGUCAUCAAGACCUAAAUCAUGUGAAGUUCCAGGAAUCAACAUCUUUCCAUCAGCUGACCAGGAAAACACUACAACACUGAUUCCUGCUACGCAUAACACAGGUGGCUCCCUGCCAGACCUGACAAACAUCCAUUUCCCUUCCCCUCUCCCAACACCGUUAGAUCCUGAGGAAUCCACAUUCCCAGCCCUGAGUAGCUCCAAUAGUACCGGAAAUCUUGCUGCCAAUCUGACUCACUUGGGCAUCAGCACUGCCAAUCAGGGAAUGACAACGACGCCAGCCCCUUCCCAGCAGCACCGCCAGCCAGCCGUCAGUCCUCUCUCAUUGAGUGCAGACUCAAGACGACCACAGUCACAGCAAAUGUCUCCUACGCUUUCCCCUUUGUCACCAAUUACUCAGGCCGUGGCUAUGGAUGCAUUGUCUCUGGAGCAGCAGCUUCCCCCAUAUCCAUUUUUUAGCCAGCCAACUUCCCAGCAACAGCAGCAGACCCAGGUGGCAAGUACCCUGCCUCAGAAUACUCCUUUAAUGCAGACCUCUGGUUUACAGCGAGGAACACAGCUCCCCCCACUCUCCGUCACGGUACCUUCUUCCAUCCCACAGUCACCUCCGGGUAGCCAGAGCCAACCGUCAAUGGGAAUAGACAUCAACUCGGCUUCACUCCAGCAGUACCGCAGUAAUGCUGGAUCCCCAGCCAACCAGUCUCCCACCUCUCCUGUCUCCAAUCAAGGCUUCUCUCCUGGCAGCUCCCCUCAACAUUCUUCCAUUCUGGGGAGUGUAUUUGGUGACUCCUAUUAUGAUCAGCAGAUGACAGCUAGGCAGGCUAAUGCCCUAUCCCAUCAGCUUGAACAGUUUAAUAUGAUAGAAAACGCCAUUAGUUCCAACAGCCUGUACAGCCCUUGUUCCACCCUUAACUACUCCCAGGCAGCCAUGAUGGGACUUACCGGCAGUCAUGGCAGCUUGCAGGACUCGCAGCAGCUGAAUUACUCCAGCCAUGGAAACAUCCCCAACAUCAUUCUUACAGUGACAGGAGAGUCUCCUCCCAGCUUAUCAAAAGAACUGACCAGCUCUUUGGCAGGAGUGGGCGACGUCAGCUUUGAUACGGAUUCCCAGUUCCCUCUGGAUGAACUCAAAAUUGACCCUUUAACCUUGGAUGGACUGCACAUGCUGAAUGACCCAGACAUGGUCCUCACUGACCCCGCCACAGAGGACACGUUCAGGAUGGACCGGCUGUGAAGCGUGGACACCAGGAGCGUGGGAACGACGCUUGUUCCUGGAGCCCAGCCGAACUCGAGAGUCCAGUGGGUCAGUCGUGUCAGAACAGGAGUUGCUGAGAGCAGCAGCUCUGUCCUGUACAACAUGUACAAUGAGUAAAGCUUGUCGUUCUAAGCUUGCAGCGCUGCAGACCCCUACUCCCUGUCGCGCCGUAUUUCACCCCUUAUCCGCUCAUUGCCAUUAAUGAGUAAGGAGUUUCCAUCAGCCUUUUCCUCUCCAGAGCCACCCCCUUCCCCCCACCAAAGCUCCAGCGUUAAGUUGUCAAUUUAUCCUUUGCACUAGAAAGGGGGUGGUUUUGGGCAGGCGAGGAAGGUUCAGAGCCAAGGGUAAAGAGAUUUCUUUCUAACGUACCAAAUCGUUGGCUGCUGUUUGAGAUGGGGAGGGGGAAGCGCCGACUAUGCCCCCCCCCCUUCUCUCCCCCCACUGAUUCAAAAGCAAAUCUCUGCAUUGCCACCCUCUGGGAGGGGCUGGGGGAGCUUCGGCGGUUUUGACUCUGCUUUGUGACAGCUGCUUCGUAGAGUAAAACGCUUCUUCCUUUAUCGAUAUGCCAUGUUUGUUUUCAGGUUUGUUUCCUUGACUGUCGUCCUGCACCCACUGCCUCUUCUCGUGCCCUGAGCAAACUCGCGUACUUGGCAAAGCGGAAAAGCAGCCCGGCAGCCCAAUGGCCUUUUGUAGCCGGCUAGUCAAAAAAGGCGACUGUAAACACUAUUUUCAAAGCUUUUUUUUUUUUUUUUUUUUUAAAUAUAUAUGUAAUAUAUAUAUUUAUAUAUAUAUGUAUACAUAUAUAUAGCGCAUUUCUGAGCACACAAAAAAGUACUAUAAUUCAUUACUUGAUUAGCAUGGAGGAAGGAUCAGAACAUUUUUAAAGCAGCUAAAAGAAUAUAGGAGACUAACUUGCAGAGCAUAUUUCUAAUGUUACUUUGAGAGAUUCCUGGGCAACAGGAAGGGCAUUUCUAUAGCAAUGCCUGGUUCAAAUCAUGAUGACUUUUUUUAUUUUUUAUUCUUAUUCAUUACUUAUUCUGUUACCAUUAUUUAUGAUCUUUUUGGUUUUUUUAUUUAAGUAUUUGGAUAUUAGGAAAGUAUCUAAACUACAUACAGCCAGUUGAAGCACUCUACAUAAUACUUGUACAGUACAUCUUUUUUGUGUUUUUAUUCCAGAAAUAUAUUAUAUAUAUUAUAUAUAUAUAGGUAUUUUUAACUAACUGGAAUUUUAAACAGAUGUUGAGCAGAAGUAAGGAAGCCUAAGGCAAGUCUAGAUGUUUUCCUUUUAUACAGUUGAAAUAGGGUGGCAGGAACUUAGACAUUCCUUCUUUCACCCUGGGGAAAAAAUAGCUUGCUCCACAGUGAAUAGUACUGUAUCCUCGAACAGGUUGAGAUUCUGUUAAAUUUGUAAUAGACUAUUUCUGUUAGUCCUUGUUAAUAUUCUGUGCUGCAGUAUAACAGACUGGUGAAUGACACUUUAUCAAUGGCAGAUUAAAAAAACCCCCCAGACCACCCAUUGACUCCAAAUUGGUGGUUUCACUUAAAUGUCAUGGCUGAAUUGAUGGUGAUUCCCAGAUCUCUGCACUUGGGAUUCUUAUCAAAUUUGGAAAACGCAUUUAAAAAUUUUAUCAAGAGCCCGACAGGCUUACAUUAAUUGCCAAGGGCACUGUUAAAACGUUGUCUUCGUUACACUAUAAUCUGCACAGUAACAGAAUGUGUAAGUACAGGACCCUUCUCUUCAGUAGAAGUUACAAAUUAACAUUAUUUUGAAUCUUAUUAACAAAUUAAAAAUUACAUUGCGCCUAACACCCUGAAUGUGAGAUGAACGGAAUACCUGCUAGAGGAAAGCACUUCCAUGCAGUAGGGGUUGAACAUCCACAUCUAUUUUUGUUAAAUACAGCCUCAAUAAAAGAGCCAUUUUAGUUUUCAUUUCAAGAUGAGUUGUGCUUUGUUGAUUCCCCACCUCUGCCGUGGUAGUUCCACAUCUGCUCUCUUUCAACUCGGUCUGCAUCAGCUGGAUUUGCUUUCUGUCUAAAAACGUGUCCGCUCUUUCUCAGCUGUCAUGACUUUCAAGCAAAAAACCCUCAGCACUUCUCCCCAUCCUAUUCCCCUCGAGAAAGAUUCUCCUUGCUGUUUUCAGCAGGUGAGAAUGAAGGUCUGCAGAGGAGCGAGACUGCUCUUAAUGAGUUAUACUAGGUUUCUGUGUGCUUCCAGAAAUCGGUGGGACGCCGUCCUGAGAUUCACGCAAACACUGCUGAGCAGAAUCGUUGUUGGGAUCUCUCUAAUCUGAGUGCGUGUUUGCUCACGUUUGUGCCAUUAGUUGACCAUUUGCACUAAAAAUGUUUUUUCUUUCGAUCUGUUAGCUUACGUGUGUCUUUUUUGUUCCUUCCCACGCAAUUGAAAGGUUAUCCUGCAUCUUUGUUGAAAAUGUUUUUUGUCAGGAUUUAAGCCCAGUAGCACGUGUUAACUCCUGGUGUCUGCUUAUUUCAGAUUGCUAAUGCUUUUUCAAUUUAAGGAGGGGAAAAAAAAGGUAGCUUCGAACAGGAGGAUACCCUAAAAGAACAGGAGUAAUUUGGGCACAGGUGACUCGGAGUCCUUUGCUUUGAAACAGCCACAGGUACAGUGUGAGUUGAAUAUGCUUCUUGAAGUUCACGUAGUUCCUUGAUGGGAUUUCUGUCUGUAUCAUGCUCUCGUUCGAAUGACUCUCAUGCAUGUAAAUUCUUGUUUGUGAUCUAUUUUUUUAAAACCAGAGUCACUUCAGAAUGAAGCAUCCAAGUAGGAGAUGAGAUUCCUCACUGGAGACUUUUACAGGGAGCUGUUGCUAAAUGCUACCUUCUAAUUUUUUUUAAACUACAUGUGUAUAUAAGAGAUCUUGUUUAUUAGACUUGUAAGUAGACAUUUAAAAUGGCCUUAAUUUAAAAAUAACACGUCUGGAUGCAACUGUCAAAAUUAGGGACCAUCUAGUUGAGAGAAGUCCAGGUUUUUGUUCCUUUCGUGCGGGGCAAAUGGUGAAGGGUGCUUUGGGAGUGGGAAGGAGUAAGAUGAAGUCAUCGUGGGAAGCAGAUGACGGCUGUGUAUGACAAGAUGUGCUUCAUCUCGUAAGCCCCGGUAGUGGGCAGGCAAAAGCUGCUUUUAGUACCGACCCUUUGAGAACCGGAGCAGUUAUUCCAACGGCUCUUGCAUUUUGCUUCCCGGGAGGCCGCUUUCCUGACAGCAUCAUGUAGGAGCUGCACUUCGAGAGGGAUUUUUCUCUCCCUCUCCCCUGAAAAUUUAUGUUUUUGUAAUGUGUGUAUGCAUAAGGCUGAUCUUAAAGCAAGAACAGUCUAUUAAGUUGUCAAGUGUAAACAUGGAGCAGAUCCCCAGUGUUUUCGGAACAAGUAAUCCGAUUUUAUUUGAAAAUUUAUUAGUACCGUUUUCAUUUUAAAUUUUGUAUGUAAGGUGAGAGCUGUUGGGAGCGGCUGGCCCUUCCCGUCCAGGGACAGAGGAGAGCAGAAAGAACAGCGGAAAGAAAAAAGGAUUACUUAGCAAAAAAAAAAAAAGUAGUAUUAUUUAUAACUUUUUGAGUUAAAUGAUGUUGAAGCUGUCUGGUGUCUCAAAGGGUUACUGUCCAAACAUACCUGCUGAGUGAACCCUACCCCCUCCCUACAACAUGUGUUUUUUAUAUAUAUAUAUAUAUAUAUAUUAAAAAGUUCCCAAGCUAGACUGUUGCAUUUGCCAAUACAAUGGGGAAACAAUAGGAAUAAACCUUCAGUGUAUAAAAUACUGUGAUUUUCAAAAGAAAACCAGAACUUCUGCUGUUCAUUGCAGCGCAGGUCGGGGCGGGGGGAGGCUCUUUUCAUUGUACAUAGUAUUCUGCAUUCUCUUUCAAAUGAAUCUGCACAGGCCGAGUUAAGGUCACUCUCUUGCCGCAUGCGUGACUGACCGCGGGCAGCACCGAACCUGUCGGCUCACUACUGCUUCUGCAUGUCAGUGAACACUUCGCCAGCGAUCUUUAACUGUGCAAAACCUUUCCUGUACAGACAACCUCGGAUUUUUUUUUUCUUUCCCUUUUUUUUUUUUUCCCCAAGAGGGAAAAGGUUUCCAGAAAGAGGCUGCAAAUUAAUUUAAGAAAUUGUUAAUUAUUCGUACGAUUUAUUACCUUAUUUUAAAUUUAAUUAAUUUUUUUAACAAGUGUGCCUGAGAACGCUGGUGCGAACCCAUGCAACAAGAACGCUUAUGGAUGAAAAGAAAGAGCUGCCCUCUGAGUUUGCAUAAAAGCAGCGUCUGAUAACUUGCAGAAUCGUUUAAACUUCCCUCAAAAAUAAGGUCUUGGCUGUGCUUGCUUGUAAAAGCUUGGAUUUCUGUAGAAACAAUAAUUAAGGCUUGAGAUCUGUCCCUUAAUGAGCAUGGUACUCGCCCUGGAAACCCCCUCUGUACAAGAAGGAAGAGGAAAGCCCCCUCAUCAUCCCGUAGGUUACAAUGUACGCUGUGCUUUCAGGAGAAAAAAAAGCGUUUAUUCCUCUGAAAAAUGGAACCCCCGUCACUGUGAUGGCAAUGUGAAAGCGCAGGUAGCGUUUGUUACGUGUGUCUGUUCUUUUUAAAAAACAAAAAAGCAAAAAAAAAAAUUAUAAAUUUGUAGUGUUCCUGUUCUUUGUAUUUUUAGUUGCAUAUUAUUUAUACUGCGCAGUGUAGGCAUGGAUUGCAUGUCAGUUUUCUAUGCGGGCACCAUGAUGACAUUAUAACUGUGUAUUAUAAAUCAUUUUUACCUUUUUAAACAGAAUCAUUGUGUGGAAUUUCUAUACUGCAAAACAAAACACUACAUUACGUACUAUAUUCAUUUGUGUUAUUUAUUUUAUUAUUUUGUGGGGGGGAGGGGGGUGGUUUUGACUGUGGUGUAUAUUGCCUUAUGUGGGCUUGACCAAUUUUAUCAAAAUAAAGGCCUAAAGGGGUAAAAUACGUUUACUGUUUUCUUCAGUAAAUUGACUCGUGGCUGCCAUAGAGGCAGCUGCGGAAAGCUACGUAGUAGAAAGCGUAAAGGGAAGCAAAUCCAUAGCGGAGAGGAUCUGUCCAGAAAGAAAACACAGCUACAUAACGUAUAAACUGCAGGUAGCGAGGAGUGCCGGUCUGAAAAGUGAUUCGAGUCUUACAUGACGAUGUGACGUCGGUAAUUACGUAGCGAGUAUGAAGAGCCUUGUCUGACCCUUUCAGAUCCAUCUGUACGUGUCCUGAUUUCUGUUAAAGAAACUCAGUACGGUCGUCUUUUGGAGCAGCUGUGAAAAUCUCUUCGCAGGUGACCUAAACCCAAACUAUUCUGGGGUUCUAACGUCGCCCAAAACGGGCAGCACAGAUGCUUUGGGGAAGGUCCCGCUGCUUUUUAGCUGUUGCAGGUUUUCCGCUUUUGAAAUACGAAGCGUCUGCCUGAGCGCUGGGGAUUUCUGAAGGUCACGGCUAACGAGACCAAAGAGAAAAGAGCGAGAACGGGUGCCCGCACCCCUUUUUUUCAGGUUAAGAUGCAGCGCGGCCGCCGAGGCCGGUGGGUGGGGAGACGUCCCCGGUGUGGCACUUCUGCUUGUCGCCGGUAGUUUGAGCUCCCGCCUGCAGUUUGGUGUUCGGAGCAGAUGUAGAUCCUUCCCGCCUCGGGUUUCGAGCACAGAGCGGAAUCUGUUCUGCCUCGACGUAUUUUGUCGGGGAACAGGGUCGCGGUGACGCGCUUUGCACGUGUCGGCGCGGUCUCGGGUGUGGAACCGCGGGGCUGCGCCGGCGGCGGGUCCCUCGGUUGCCGUGUGUCGGUGGGGAGAAGCGGGUGGCUCUCACGGCUGGAUUCCGGAGAAGAUGGUGCCAUCGCGUCGGCGGUUGGGCAGCUGCUUUUCCCUACUUGUGUUCUGACCCCGGCUGUCUCCUCGUAACCAGCUUAACCUGUUGCUUCUUUAAGGUUGUGUGUGUCAUCUUGUAACUAAAUAGUAGGCAGGGAAAUGCCUAAAUAGCAUUUGUUUUGUUUUAUCUUGGUUCUUUUUACUUUAAAUUUUGCUGUUAAGCAGCUACAGGAGAAUAAAGUAAAUGCUACAUGUUGAAUUUUCUGAUGUGCGUUUUCUGCUUGCUGGAGAAUCACAGUGAUCUAACGUUGGUGUUUCCUGGUGUGUACGAAGGUCCUGUUUUGUUGGUUGUGUUUUAAUUUAGUAAUUGGUUCAGCUUUAAGGUGACAUAAUUUGGGGCAGAAAACCCAUGUGGCAAGAGACGCAUCUUUUUUUUUUUUUUUUAAGAGACAAAGGGAAAAACGCUAAGGGUUCUUGACCCGUCUCCAGCCAUUUGCUGUCACGAUACACCUGGCGGACCUGGGUAGCAGAUUACCAGUAUCAGUUCGGCUGUCGGUAGCUGGUCGCUUUUGAGUUUCUCCGACUGCUUGUCCCGGUUUCCGAAGAGCUUUGGUGUGGUCGUGCAGCAGGGUAGGGGAGCAUCAGAACUGCUGACUCGGCGCACCGAGACUUUACGCUGGCUCUUGGUUUGGAGGGACGGGAGAGCUCCUGGAGACGCAGUCGCUCCCUGAAGCUGUCGCGCUGUCCUGCUGCGCAGCGUCUGCAGAACCUGCUGCUGCGGCAAAACUUUUAGUCCUUGGAACAAAAGCAAACGCCUCGGGAAUCGCUGACUCGGGAGUCGGCAGCAGCUAUCGGGGACCUGUCAGUGCGGUAUCGCUGUGUUUUCCAAAACGCUUUGCUUGCCGUAGGUAUUUCUGUCACCGCCGUCACACAGGCAAGACACCGCUCUAAACAGUGACAGAACUUCAGACGUUUUCUCACAGCGUGAUGAUAGGAUGGAAAUGGAGAUGACAGUUUAGACGAUUUUACUCCUUAAUUUUGCCUGCCUUCAGCCUGUACCGACUUCCAGAUACCGCUACUUCGUUUUUAUUUAUUUUUUUUUUUUUUUAAAUUUGCAGACAGUAUUUCCCCUUGGUGGCUGCUGAUGUGUUCAGGCAAGAGUGGUAAAGCUAUCAACAGAAAAACUAAUCAUAGUAUUUGCAGGAGCCCCGUAUGGGAGUGCACAACGUUGGGGAUAAAUGACGUUUUCUUGCCAUCCUUAUCUUUUCAGUUUUUAGGAAACUGGGAUCUGCCACUGCAGACGGGCACGUGUUACAGCGGUUUGUUUUGGAGUGUGGACAUGUUGAUGUUUAAUCUGUCACUGGUUUUAGUCUCCUUUUAUUGAGCUCAAACCUAAAAAUAAUAAUUUGAGCAGUUGGUCUGCUCAAUGGGAACAUUAAUUACCUAUUUCCGAUAGCUGCAUUGUAAAUUAACAGCUCUAUCCAUGUGCAGAAGGGACAGCGUUUUCUGAGCUGGUGUAAGGAUUCCUCCCCCUCAAUAAAUCGGUUUUCAGUAACGAUGGUGGCUUUCUGGAUUAGUGUAGACCUGAGCUUGAGGUUUGCUUUAAUUGCAGUAGAAGACCUGAGCUGCUUUUGGGCCAGUUUGCUGGUAACGGUGUAGCAGAAACCUCCCAGGGAGGGAACGUAAUCUGGGUUAAUGCAGGGAACUUGGACAGACGUGCUCUGACUUUGAGUGAACAGGCAUGUUCGUGUUAGCGUGGCUUCUGUCGGUCUUAAAAUUGUUGUUUUUUUUAAUCUGUGUCGGAUCAAGUUUUUGUUCUAUAGUGUUUUUCCUCGUGUUGUGUGGCGGAUGAGUCGGAGUGAAGUGGGCCUUGCUGGGUUAGGAACUGGCGGGUGUCGAACAUGCUGGCAGAUGACAGUUGCUGUCUGAUGGUAUUUGACUCUUCUGCCCAAUGUUUUCAAAACCCUAAGAGGCUGGGGGGCGCACGCAGUUAAACAACUCCAAUCUUACCCAGAUUUCAUCUCCCGGUCUACCUUAGACAUUAGCAAAUCCUUCAAUAAAUAAAUCGGGACAAACAGAACUGAGAUUGCGACGGACGCUCUCAGCAUGUGAACGGAGGGACUGACUGCAUCUCCCUCCCUGCUCUUGUCUUGAAAUGUACGUUCUUCAACUGGAAGCUGUAUUUGAGCCUUGAAUUAACACACUUAAUGAACAAAGGAGGUGUCCCUCGGCUUCAAAAGUGUCUCUGAAAAUGAGACAAAACCAAAACAGUUGGUGCUUCUGCUGGAGAAAUGCAAGUCUCGGAGUCGGAGACCGUACAGGCUCCUGAGACGCUUCUCCGGAACAGAGUCGGUUCAGAUCUCAUUUUUGUCGUUUGCAGAGGGUUGAACCUUCCCAGGCCCUGACGCCUGGGCGUUUGCGGGAGCAGAACUGCUCGCGUACUUUGAACGUCUCCAAAGCCGGCGUUCACCGCUUCCUUUAGGAGAGGAUGCCUUGUGGCGCAGGGAAAGGAGGGGAUUGAUGUGUGUCGCGUUGCUUUGAGGCCGCUGGUCUCCGAACAGCUCUCUAGUGGAACCGCUGCGGGACAGCGCGUACAUCGGAUGUAAAUUUGCCCGACUGUAAGCUCCGAUUCAUUCAAAUUUUCUGUACUGAACGUAGUCACAACCUCACGCAGAUAAAGCUUUAAAAUCUGUCGAAGGGCGCCCUGUUCUGCAAGUAAGCUGACAGGUCUUUAAUUGCGGUUGAGAUUUUUAACUGGGAAAAUGUAGAGUUACAGGGAAAUGUUCUGCCCUGAGAGUGUGAUCCUCUACCAGAUGCAAAUUUUGCUAAAUCUUUAAAGAUUAGUCUGAGACCUGUGCAGAUUCAUCCACCCUUCCGUUCUUCCCUUCAGCGUGCAGUAGAAGUUUUUGCCUCAAUACGCUUAAAUUGUCAUAAUUGAGUUAACGGUGAAGGGCAGCCUUGGGUGAGGCUUCAGCUGGCGGUAGGAGGGUUUUAUUUGUAACGAAUCUCGACUAAAUCUGUGACAGUAGGGCAGGGGUUUGGAUGUGGAGGCAGUCGGAGCUGGGAUCGUUGAAAGAGCGAAGUACAAGGUGAUGUACUGGAAAAGCGCUUGUACGUGCUGUUGGCUCCCACGAGACGCCUGCUCUCGGGGUGCUGUACCUCACUCUGCCUUUGGAACUGCUGUAUCUGUACAGUGCAAUGUAAAGUUCAUUUGUACAAGUCCUAUGGAUUAUUCAAUCCAACUUUUUUAUACUGUGGUUUAGAAAAAAAAGGGAUGAAAGGUCUCCGUUUAUAAAUCUAAUUUAAGAACCGGUUUCUGCAACUGGAGCAGUGGAGUUGUCAGUAUUUCCUUCAGAAGUUUUACAGGCUUAAACUUGCUCCUAGAAAUCGAGCUGAAUUGUACCACACCAAGGGCAAUUUUUUAAUUCAACAAAAUCUGCUCUGGCUGUUUGUCAAGAAAGAAAAGCAAGCAGUUCUCGAAUAUCCUUGCUGAUGUGUAAUGUCACAAGCCUCCGUCUGAAAGGAAAGGAUUAAGCUUGGCUCAAUUUUGGAAUUUCUAAGACAUUAAAUAUAGAGAAGAUAAAUAGGUAAAGCUUCUGUCCUUGCAGAGUAGAUGAUGAAUAUAAAAGUUAUAAUAUUUAUGGGGCAAAAUGUUAGGGGGUGUAGGGCUUGCUUAAACGAAACUUUACUUACCGGAUCCUGAAUAUUCAUGGCAUGAGCAUCGACGCAGUCAGAAGAUAACUGUGUGUAUAAAUAUACCGUAUACACAUCCACCAAUCUUCGGUCAGCAUUAUACAGUGUAGUAAUUAAAAUAUUGUAUUUCAGUCAGCUAUUAACUAAUAAGUCAGUAGACAUGGAGGUUUGAUUUGGGGGAGGAAUUAGAACAUUUAGAUACUUCUGACCUUAACGGAGCCCCCAUCUGUGGAAGGAUUCCUUGUAGAAGAAGUGGAAGUUAAAUGUAUUAGUACUCAUGAAGGGAAAGUUUGAUUUUAAUAAAAUUAAAUACAGCUGCUUUUGGCAGCUUCUCUCACAGACUGGCAGCUAAAAACAACUUUAUGUAGUUCAUUGAGCUUGGGGAAAAAUGUCAGAUUUAUGCAUUUUCAGAGACAGUAUAAUAUACUGUUCUUUACAAGCUAAACUUUUUCUAUUAAAAUAAUUUGUGGAUUAUUUCACUGAUAUAUGCAAUCCUAUAUUCAGCUACAGCGUUGGUGGCACAGGAACUCUGGAAAAGUUGUCCCUGCGACAUAAAAGUUUUAUUUAUUGUGUUUUUCUAUAGGUAAAGUGGAAAACUGAAGUUGGCUUUAAGUGUUUGCAAUCUGAGAAAUGAUGUGAAAAAGCAGCUCAACUAAAUGUACAUUCUUUUCGAUCUUUUCUUUUUUGUGUGAAGGCUUUUGUCUUUGUAUCUUUGCAUUAUUUGUAAAUGAAAUGUAAUAAAAGUUCAAAUGUUUUUGUC